AUGGUCUUUUUAAUUAAUAACAAUAAUGAUAGUAAUACAUCUGUUCCUCAGGAGGAAUUCAAAAGUAAUGUAAUACAUGCAGAUGUUCAAGAAAAAGAGUAUUUCACAAAUUUACAUACAACAAAUAUAUUGGAUGAUAAGAGUAAUAUAUUGACUAAUGGCGAUAUGGGUUUAGCAUGUGUGGAAAAAAAUGAAGAAGAAAAAUGUCAUAAUAAUAAUAAUAAUAAUAAUAUUGGUGAUAAUGAAAAAAGAGAUAAUAUGAAUGAAAAGAAGAAGAAAUUAAAAAAAUCAAAAAAUAAAAAAAAUAAAAAAAAUAACGAAAUGAAGAAUAAAAAAAGAAAUAAUAGUCCACAUUAUACAAAUAGUAAUAGUAGUAAUAAAAGUAACAUUAAAUAUUGUAGUAAUGAUAAAUAUAAAUGUGUAAAUAAGAACAGUAGUAAUAAUAAUUCAGAUAAAGAAAUGUCAGAAGGAAAUAAAGAGUUAUAUAAUAAUUAUAAAGAAUGUAAUAAUAAAAUAGAAUAUGAGAAAAUUAUAAAAAAAUUAAAAGAAGAAUUAGAAGAAAAUCAAAUAGAUAAAAAAGGUUUAUUAAAAAAAUAUGAAGAAGAAAAAAAGAAUGUUGUUAUAUUACAUGAUCAAUUAGAUAAGUUACAAGUACUGUUUGAUAAUAAUCAAAAAAAAGAAAAUAUAUGGAACUCUGAAAAAGAAAAUUAUUUAGAAGAUGUUGAAAGUCUUCGUACGAAUAUUGAAGAAUUAGAUAUAAAAAUAGAAAAAAAAAAUAAUGAAAUAGAAAGCUUAAAAAGAGAAAAUGAACAUAUAUUAUUAAAAGUAGAUAAUCUAGAAAAAAAUAAGAAAGAAAUGAAAAAUGAAUAUAAUGAUAUUUAUGAAAGUUUACAAAAUAUGAAAAAAGAGAAUUUAAAAAAAAAUAAUACUAUAGAUAAAUUAAAAAAUGAAUUAGAAGAAAAAAAGAAGAUAGAAGAAGAUUAUAAUAAAGAUAAAUUAUUAAUCGAAAAAAAUACAGAAAUAUUAAUUGAAGAAAGAAAUUAUAUUAAUGAAGAAUUAAUAAAGACACAAAAACUUUUAGAAUCACAAAUAAAUAAAAAUAAAGAAUUAGAAAAUAAAAAGACAAAUUUAUUAGAUAAAAUAGAUUUAUUAGAAAAAAAACAAAAAGAUCUAUUAAAAAAAAAUAGUGAAAAUGAACAAAAAAUUGAUGAUCUAAAUAAAAAAUAUAAAUUAUUAACUAAUGAAAAUAAAAUGAAAGAAAAUGAAAUUAUACAUAAUAAUAAUCUUAUUAAUAAUUUAAAUAAUAAUAAUACAAAAAUGAAAAUUAAAUUAGAUCAAGAAUUUUAUAAAAUGAAAAUGUUAGAAAAAGAAAAAAAAUCAUUGAGUAUACAUGUCAAAUCAUUAACAUAUGAAAUACAAACAAUACUUAACCUUACACAAGAAACACAAAAUAAAUUUGAACAACAAAAAAGAGAUAUCAAUGAUUUAAUUAUAGAAAAGGAACAAACCAAAAAAUUAAUUGAAAAAAUUGAUGAUGUUAUAAAAAAAAAUAUGGAAACAGCAAAAAAGGAAAAAAUUGUACAAAACAACCUAGAAAAAGAUAUCAAAAAAGGAUUAGAAGAUAAAAAUAAAUUAAAUGAAGAAAUACAAUUAUUAAAUAAAGAAAAAGAAAAAUUAUUACAAGAAUUAUCUCAAACGAAUAAUAAAUUUAUUAAUAGUAGUAGUGAAUUAUUAACUAGAGAUAACAAAAUUAAUACAUAUAUAAAAAUAGUGAAUUCUUUAAAAAAUGAUUUGUCUAAAGAAAAAGCUAUAACUGAAAAUAUUAAAAAUGAAAAGAUUAAUACAAAUAAAAUUCUUAUAGAAACGAAAGAGAAACUAAAUAUUGUAGAAGAAAAAUAUAAAACACAAUCCAAUGAAUUUGAACUCUUAAAGAAUGAAAAGAAAAAUUUAGAUAAUCAAAUUAAUCAAUUAAAUGAGGAAAAAAAACAAUUAAUAAAUCAAAAUGAUAAAUUUAGAGAACAAAUUGAUAAAUAUAAAAAUCAACAAGAAAAUAUAAAAACACAACAAACCAGUCAUAAAAAAAAUAUAUUACAACUCGAAAAUGAAAUCAAUGAAUUAAAUAUCAAAAUUAAAAAUAUAGAUAAAAAUUAUAAUCAUAUCAAAAAAGAAAAAGAUAAUUUAAAUCAAGAAAUUAACGAUAAAUCAGAAGAAAUUAAUAUAUUAAAAGAAAAGUUAAAACUACUACAAAAUUCACAUGAUACUUUAAUUAUACAACACCAAAAUGAAUUAAAACAAAUCAAAAAUUUAAACAAACAAAUUGAAGAAUUAAAAAAUACAAAUCAACUAACAAAUAUAUCAAAACAAUUAUUAAAUAACAAUAAACAAGAAAUAAAUAAUCUUAAAAAAAAUCUAAUCGAUGAACAAAACAAAGUUAAAACAUUAACAGAAGAAUUGGAAAAUCCAAUCAAUAUACAUAGAUGGAGAAAUCUAGAAGGUAAUGAUCCAACUUCAUUUGAUUUAAUACAAAAAUUAAAAAUUGUUCAAAAAAAAUUAAUAGAAAAAACAGAAGAAUCUGUGAAGAAAAAUAUAAUUAUAGAUGUAAAAACAAAAGAAUGUGAACAAUUACAGAAGGAAUUAAAUCAUAAAUUCAAAAAUACUAAUAUUCAAGAUAUAAAUCAUAUUAAGCAAAAAUUGAGAGAAAAGGAAACACUUAUUAAAUCCCUAACGGCUGAAAUAUCAAUGUAUCAGGACGAACAUCAACCAACAAAUACUAAGCAAAACAAAAAAUGA